CGCCGUCUGGUCUGGGUCUGCGUCGUCUGCGAGAUCGUAGUACACGCGUUGAAUCUACGAUAGAAGAAGAAGAAGAAAAAAAAAAAAAGGUUAUCUGCGCUCUUGACUUCGCGGUUUGCAAGUUGGUUUCGCAUCCUGUGAGGACGUCGGAAACGUUGCGAAAACUUCAGCAAUGACAUGAAGGAGAUUUGAGAGCGUAGCGGAAGACUAUUACAAAGGCUCAAGCGAGGCGGCUUCGAGCAUCGGAGAGGGGACGUCGGUUCUGCUUUUGUGUUUUCCCCCAGGCUGCACAAGCAUGUCUCAAAGAUUAGAUGGGAGAGAACAGCUGGAGAAACCUUCCAGGGCAUAGGUUGCUGCCAGAGAGCAUUCAAGAACUGGCAAAAUGAGGGCCCUGCUGCUGAAGCAGAUCAACUUGCAGACCGCCCUUCUGCGGUCCUCACUGUGCCCCCUGUACCAGAACAGCUGCUGUUAUGCCUCCAGCCCUGCCCCAGACAUCAAACCCAUCAAGAAGAUACUUGUGGCAAACAGAGGUGAGAUUGCCAUCCGUGUCUUCAGGGCCUGCUAUGAGCUCGGCAUCAGAUCGGUUGCCAUCUACUCGGAGCAGGACAAGAUGCACAUGCAUAGGCAGAAGGCAGAUGAGGCUUACCUCAUUGGAAAGGGUCUCGCCCCUGUCGAGGCUUACCUCAACAUUCCCGAAAUUGUCAGGAUCGCUCAGGAGAACCAAGUGGAUGCCAUUCAUCCGGGAUAUGGUUUCCUCUCGGAAAGGUCAGACUUUGCUCAGGCUGUCAUCGAUGGUGGUAUUCGGUUCAUCGGUCCUACACCGGAUGUCAUGGCCAAGAUGGGGGACAAGAUAGCUGCUCGCCAGUCGGCCAUCAGUGCAGACGUGCAGGUUGUUCCUGGAACAGACAGGCCUGUAGAAACAACAGAAGAGGCUGUGGAAUUUUGCAAGCAACAUGGCUUGCCAGUAAUCUUCAAGGCUGCCUAUGGUGGCGGUGGCCGAGGAAUGCGGGUCGUCAAGGAAAUGAGUGAAGUAGAGGAGAAUUUCCAGAGAGCCACAUCGGAGGCAAAGGCUGCCUUUGGCAAUGGUGCCAUGUUCAUCGAGAGGUUCAUUGUCCGUCCACGUCACAUAGAGGUUCAGUUGCUGGGUGACAAAGCGGGCAAUGUAGUGCACCUCUAUGAGCGUGAUUGCUCAGUGCAGCGACGGCACCAGAAAGUUGUUGAAAUUGCUCCAGCUGCCAACCUUGAUCCUAAGGUCCGGCAAGCCAUGCUUUCAGAUGCAGUGCGCCUUGCCAAGCACGUUGGCUAUGAGAAUGCUGGAACAGUGGAGUUUCUCCUUGACGAGACGGGCCGUCACUAUUUCAUCGAAGUCAAUGCCCGGCUUCAGGUAGAGCACACCAUCACUGAAGAAAUCACUGGCGUCGACCUGGUACAGUCCCAGAUCAAGAUUGCCGAGGGACACCUCUUGCCGGACAUUGGUCUAGUACAAGAGAACAUUGUGCCCAAGGGCUGCGCCAUUCAGUGCCGAGUCACAACGGAGGACCCUGCCAAGAACUUUCAGCCUGACACGGGACGCAUUGAGGUUUUUCGGAGUGGAGAGGGCUUCGGAAUUCGGCUCGACAGUGCAUCAGCCUUUGCAGGCGCCAUCAUUUCACCGUACUAUGACUCUCUACUUGUGAAGGUCAUUGCUCACGCUCAGAACAUGAGGUCUGCAUCGGCCAAGAUGAACCGUUGCCUGCGAGAGUUUAGAGUUCGGGGUGUCAAGACAAACAUUCCUUUCCUGCUCAACGUGUUCCAAAAUGAGCAGUUCCUCAGCUCCAACGUUGACACUUACUUCAUCGAUGAACACCCUGAGCUCUUCCACUUCAUGCCGUCGCAAAACAGGGCUCAAAAGCUCCUCUAUUACUUGGGUAAUGUCAUGGUGAACGGUCCCAUGACUCCCCUGGCAACUCCGCUCAAGCCGUCGGACCUCACUCCAGUCAUUCCAGAGAUCGAGCCAGGCCCUGACAGAGAGGUUUACGUACCUGGUUCCAAACCACCGCCGGGUCUGCGUGACUUGCUAAUCAAGGAAGGGCCUGAAGCAUUUGCCAAGAAAGUACGCCAGCAUGAUGGUUUACUACUGAUGGACACAACAUUCCGUGAUGCCCACCAGUCGCUUCUGGCCACACGAGUGCGCACAAUCGACCUCCUCCAUAUCAGCCCCUUUGUAGCGCACAGCUUUAACAAACUUUACAGCUUGGAAAAUUGGGGCGGAGCAACGUUUGACGUCGCCAUGCGCUUCCUGCACGAGUGCCCUUGGGAACGGCUGGAGCAGAUGCGAGCCCUUAUCCCCAACAUCCCGUUCCAGAUGCUGUUGAGGGGUGCGAAUGCUGUAGGCUACACAUCAUACCCUGACAAUGUGGUUUACAAGUUUUGUCAACUGGCGAAGGACUGUGGUAUGGACAUCUUCCGAGUCUUCGAUUCUCUCAACUACCUUCCCAACCUAAUUCUUGGCAUGGAGGCUGCUGGGAAAGCAGGCGGUGUUGUAGAAGCAGCCAUCUCCUACACUGGUGAUGUCUCCAAUCCAGAGAGAACAAAAUACAACCUGGACUACUACCUGAAGUUAUCCGACGAGCUGGUCAAAGCUGGUACUCACGUACUCUGUGUCAAGGACAUGGCUGGCUUAUUGAAGCCGCAGGCAGCACGCAUCCUGAUCAAAGCACUCAGGGAUCGACACCCAGACACACCGAUUCAUAUCCACACUCACGACACAGCUGGUGCAGGUGUUGCCUCCAUGCUGGCCUGUGCUGAAUCUGGUGCAGAUGUCGUAGAUGUGGCUGUCGACUCCAUGUCUGGUAUGACAUCACAGCCGAGCAUGGGUGCCAUCGUGGCUUGUCUACAAGGCUCCAAGUACAAGACCAGGCUCUCCCUGGACAGUGUGAGCAGGUACUCGGCGUACUGGGAGCAGGCCCGUACGCUGUAUGCCCCAUUCGAGUGUGCCGUCACCAUGAAGAGUGGCAAUGCCGAUGUGUACGAGAAUGAGAUUCCCGGAGGCCAGUACACAAACCUGCAGUUUCAGGCAUUCAGCUUGGGACUUGGCGAGCACUUUGAGAGUAUUAAGAAGGCCUAUCGUGAUGCCAAUCUGCUGCUCGGCGACAUCAUCAAGGUGACACCCUCUUCGAAGGUUGUCGGCGACCUGGCUCAGUUCAUGGUGCAGAACCAGCUCAGCAGCCAGGACGUGUUGGAUCGUGCUGAGGAACUGAGCUUUCCCAGCUCAGUGGUGGAGUUCAUGCAGGGCCACAUUGGUGAACCCUAUGGUGGCUUCCCAGAGCCACUUCGUAGCAAGAUCCUGAAGGACAUGGCUCGCAUCAGUGGCCGCCCUGGCCAAAGCUUGCCUCCGCUCGACCUUGGUGCACUGAAGAAGAAGUUGGUCGACAAGUUUGGGCCCAGGGUCCGUGAAACAGAUGUGAUGAGCGCUGCAAUGUACCCCAAGGUAUGCGACGACUUCCUCAACUUCCGCCAAACCUUCGGCCCUGUUGACCUCCUCGACACACGCGUCUUCCUCGUCGGACCACGCGUGGGGGACAACUUUGAGGUGACAAUAGAAAAAGGCAAGACACUACACAUCAAGACCCUGGCCGUGGCUGCCGAUGUCACACCCACUGGCGAGCGCGAGGUGUUCUUCGAGCUAAAUGGCCAGCUGCGAUCUGUCUUUGUCAAGGACAACAGUAUGAGUGAGGACAUUGUGGCACAGCCCAAGGCGGACAAAGACGUCAAGGGCAGUGUGGGCGCCCCCAUGCCAGGCACUGUGGUAGACAUCAAGGUCAAAGAAGGCCAGGAGAUCAACAAGGGUGACGCCCUGGUUGUGCUAAGCGCCAUGAAAAUGGAGAUGGUGGUGCAGGCACCCGUGGCUGGCAAGGUGAAGAAGAUCUGCAUCACCAAGGACAUGAAACUCCAAGGAGACGACCUCCUGCUUGAGAUUGAGGAGGCCGCGUGAUCUCGUUCGGCAGGUCACGUGGAAAGAAGCCCUUUUGUUUCUCAUGGCCCACGUCUUUACUUCGAGUGACUUUAAUGAGGAAUUAUUUAUCCAAGCCAACAUUCCGAUUGGCUAGGCACUCGUCAAGGAGGCUACACGACUGAUGGCCGGGUACAGCUUCUGUGGGAGAACCUGCCUGACAGUUCAAGCCAUGGUACCCUUCCAUCGUUGUUCCUUCAUGCCAUGUUAAUUUCUUCUUUCCUUCCACCCCUAUGGACGGGAUACCGGUGAUGAAGGCAUGCAUUUCCGGAGUGACACUGUUUAACAGCUUGGCUUUGAGUGCUGCUAGCAGCUUUUUAGGGCAUUGAACAGGUGUGCUGUCACAUAUCAACCAAAGCGCACUAGUCUUCUGAAUCAAGGCAGAUGCUCACUGUGCACAAUCAACGUAAAGCAGAGCUAGCUUUCAAGUCCUCUUGGCCUGUCCUUAGGUUAGUUUAACAUGUUUACUCACAAUUCAUAGGAGCUUGUUUUUAACCUUUUGCUGUUGUCCAUUGAGCUUGCCUGCCACUUGGAAAGUGAUGUCGGAAAAUGUUCAACUAGUUGACGAAUGUCCCUUUCUUGAUUUAGUGUUUGCCAGAUAUAACAAUUGGCUACAUGAAGGUGUACACCAGAGCCUGCUAUGCUUUAGCCUAUAAGCCACUCUUGUGACAUCAGACUCGCUUACCACCUGUAUCAACAGAAAUACUAUUUCCUGUAGGCAUUAUUUGUUUGUAUAUAGCCUUACAAUGUCUGCCUUUUGCAAGUAUCUGAUUGUUAGGCAGCACCGACAUUAUUGGCAAUUUGUACCAUCUUUUAUAGUAUGCAGUCAGUCUUUCCUUUUUCUUUUUUUUUUUUCAUUUUAUGUGCCCACUAGACAACACACAUUCAUUUAUUCAUUUUAUGUACAGUUUUCAAGAGACCUGAAAGUAUUUUUGCAGGUCCUUCAUUUCUGUCUGUUUUGGAGAUGUUUUGUUGUCGAGGGCACUUUACAGUUAGACAAGUACUUUAAACAUUCUGAAAAAUCUCAUGUCCUUAAUGUAAGCUAGGCCAUCGCAGUGUACUUUAUUUUCUUUAUUUUUUGCUCAUAUUUGUGUGUGUGUGUGAAUGCUGUACAAGCAUCACUUCAGCACAUAGUUCUUCUAACUUUCCCCAAGAACUUAACUCAACAGCCUUAGCCACUGCCUCGGUGAUCUAUUUGUGGGACAGUACAGCAUAGGGGCACAGUAUUUCAAUGUGCUCACGUUUGAUAGUCAGGAAUGCGUGAUAAUGUGGUCUUUCAGAGAGUCUUCCAAGAAGGUACAUGGAUAGCUAUACACGUGUCUAUUUUUCAUAAGUCUUUAUUUUGAUUGGUCUUCAUGUGCUCUUGCUGUAUAUAAUGACAAUAAAUAAAUGUCCAAACACA